AUGAUACCUUGGAGUACAUUUUUGCUUCAUAUACUGCUGUUUUCAUUACAAGGAUAUAUUUGUGCACCAUCCAUCUUGACAGAAACAUCAAAAAACGGGUUUAAUGAAAAUCGACAGAAAAGAGCUCUUUUAGCAGCACAGUUUGAAGCAACUUCUCCACGAUAUUUCUUCCAUGAAGUUAUUAAUUGGGGUGAGAGCAAAAUAAAAGGUUCUUGUCCUCAUGAGUGCCUUAACGGAGCUUUCUGUUCUCAGAGUGGUACAUGUGACUGUCAAAUAUUUCAGGCACUUGGGACAAGGUGCCAGAUUGUGCCAAACAUGGGCAAUGGCAGAGAUGGGAUUUGCAAAACCUGGGGACAGUACCACUUUGAAACUUUUGAUGGCAUCUACUAUUAUUUCCCAGGAAACUGUUCUUACAUUUUUGCAAAGGACUGUGGUAAUUUGGAGCCUCAGUACACUGUAUGGGUUCAUAAUAGCCCUAAGUGCCUUGGUUCAGUGUAUUAUUGUUAUCGGUCAAUCAGCUUGUUCUUUUCAGACCAAGUGGAAAUUAGAAUUUCUGGGCAUGAAAUAAGAAAGAAUGGAAUCAGUUUAACAUUGCCUCAGACAAUUGGACAGGUUUCCAUUGAGAAACUAGCUGACUACAUUCUGGUGAAAACAACCUUUGGUUUUUCAUUGGCUUGGGAUGGAAUAUCUGGAAUUUACCUCAAAAUAUCAGAUGUGCAUAAAGGGAAAUCAUGUGGCCUAUGUGGGAACUACAAUGGCAUUCAAUCUGAUGAUUUCAUCAUUCUACAAGAGGACUACACAGAAGACAUUGCUGUGUUUGCAAAUAGUUGGUUGGUGCAAAUUCCAGGUAAUAUCAAAUGUGUACCCACACCCUCAGAUUUUCCAAAUCCAUGCUCCAGUGGAAUGCCAGCAUUUGAGGCUAUCUUCUUCAAGUGUCAGAUACUGUUGCAGUUUCCUUUUUUGAGCUGCCAUGAAUAUAUUGACCCAUAUUUAUAUAUUGCCAGCUGUGUUAAUGAUCUUUGCAAAACUGAUGAUGAUGAUACCUACUGUAGAGCAGCCACCGAGUAUGCUAGAGCCUGUUCCCAUGCUGGCUACCCUAUCCAAGGCUGGAGAGAUGACUUCCCAGCAUGCACUGAUAAAUGUGAUGAUAGCUUUGUCCAUCGGGAUUGUAUCAGCUGUUGCCCACCCACCUGCACAUUUGACAGACAGUGUCUUGGGAGCAAUCUCCAAUGUCUUGAUGGAUGUUACUGUCCAGAUGGCCUCAUAAUGGAAAAUGGAACUUGCAUCCUCUUGGAAAAUUGCCCAUGUAGUUUUCAUGGAUUAGCUUAUUCAGUUGGUUCAAAAAUUGAACAAGAAUGCACUGAAUGUGUAUGUAUUGGUGGAAUUUGGAACUGCACUGAACAUGACUGUCCAGUUCAAUGCUCCGUUGUAGGUGAUUCUCAUUUUACAACUUUUGAUGGUAGACAUUAUUCUUUUAUUGGAAUGUGCCAAUACAUCCUUGUGAAAGGAACUGGACAAGAUAAAUUCACACUUACUUUGCAGAAAGCUCACUGUGAGCAGAAUCUUGGCUUGGUCUGCCUUCAGUCUAUAAGUCUAAUUCUGGAGGAUGAUUUGAACAAACAAGUGACCCUCAACAGGGGAGGACAAAUCUUUACCAGCCCUAACCAAGGCUUCAACCUAAAUGGAAUUGUUGAAAUUCAAACUCUGUCAUCCUUAUUUAUUCUUCUAAAAACCACAUUUGGUUUAAAGAUUCUGUUUGCUAUAGAUGGGGAAAGAAUUUAUAUUCAGCUCACCAGUGCAUGGAAAAGGAGAACAUUAGGUCUGUGUGGCACUUUUAAUGGGAACAUAAGGGAUGAUUUCCUCUCUCCAUCAGGCAUGAUAGAAGGUACACCACAACUUCAUGCAAAUGCAUGGAGAGUUUCCUCCACUUGUUUUGCACCUGUUCACGUCCCUAUGGUGGACCCCUGUAACAUUAAUCAACAAAACAUUGGAUACGCAGCACACUGUGAUGUUAUCCAUCAGGAACUCUUUGCUCCCUGCCACUUCUACGUUAGCCCUGGGUUGUACUAUCAGCUCUGCCGCCACGAUGCAUGCAAGUGUGGGAGCCCCUGCCUGUGCAAUGCUCUUGCACACUAUGCCUACCUCUGCAGCCAGCGUGGCGUUACCAUUGAUUUUAGAGCUCACGUCUCAUUCUGUGGGGUGGUGUGCCAGAAAGGCAUGCUGUACCAUCACUGCUCCUCCUUUUGUCACCGCUCCUGCAUUUCUCUCUCGUCCCUGGAACAGUGUAACGAUGAUUGUGCGGAAGGCUGCAACUGUCCUGAAGGCAAAUACUAUGAAGACACACUUAACUUUUGUGUGCCCAUAUUUCAUUGCCGGUGUCAUUAUAGGGCCAGCAUUUAUCAACCUGGAGAGCUCAUCCCAACACCCUCAGGCUUAUGCCAAUGUUCAAAUGGAACUGUGAAAUGUGAUGAAACAGCAACGCCCUCUACUGUUCACGCCUGCCCCGAGGGAAAAGUAUAUUUCGACUGCAGGUUUCCUGACCCUGAAUUACCAGCUGGUGGUGUCAAUUGUGAGAUUACGUGUGCAAAUCUGGCCAUGAACUUCACUUGUGCCCCAUCCUCACCGUGCAUAAGUGGUUGUGUUUGUGCUCCAACACUGGCCGAGCACAAAGGAAAGUGUUACAUUCCUGAGAGCUGUCCGUGUAUCUGGAAAGAUUGGGAGUACCUCUCAGGAGAAGUGAUUUCUACACCAUGUUAUACCUGUGUUUGUCGACGAGGCAUGUUCAAUUGCACAUAUUUUCCAUGCCCAGCGGUGUGCACAAUAUAUGGGGACCGGCAUUAUCAUUCUUUUGAUGGACUGGAAUAUGACUAUAUUGGUGAUUGCCAGGUAUUUUUGAUAAAGAGUGCAGAUGAUUCAGAUAUAUCUGUCAUUACCCAGAACAAGAAAUGCUUUGACAACGAUAUUGUGUGUUCUAAAAGUGUUUUGAUUUCAGCUGGGGACACUGAAAUUUACCUGAAUGAUACUCCUUACAAAGAGAAAUUAUCAGGCUUUUUUCUGGAAAACACAACUACAUACCAGCUUUGGAUGGCAGGAUACUACAUGGUAGUAUACUUUCCAGAGAAAGAUAUCACUAUCCUUUGGGAUAAAAAGACAACCAUCCAUAUCAAAGUUGGACCACAGUGGAAGAACAAACUAUCAGGAUUAUGUGGGAACUUUGACAAAUGUACUUCAAAUGAUAUGACCACAUCUAAUAACAUAGAAGUGAGAAAUGCCCAGGUAUUUGGAGAUAGCUGGGCAUUAGGACAGUGUGAAAGCUCAUAUGAAUUAUUUAAACCCUGCGAGGCACAUCAAAACAAAUUUCCUUAUGCCAAGAAAGAAUGCUCCAUUUUGUACAGCGAUGUUUUUGCUCCUUGUCGCAAUGUGAUUGAUGUUACUUCCUUUGCCAAAAAUUGCCAUGAAGACACAUGUAACUGUAACCUUGGAGGGGACUGUGAAUGCUUCUGCACAAGCGUAGCAGCAUAUGCCUAUAAGUGUUGUCAGGAGGGGGUGUCCAUUCACUGGAGGACAUCUACUAUUUGCUCACUUGAUUGUGAAUAUUACAAUGAAGCUCUUGGAGAAGGUCCAUACAUGCUGGCAAGUUACGGGCAGACUGGCCUUGUUCUGGGGGUCAAUCUAACCAGUAGAAGCACUCUCUCACUGCCAAGAACUAAUGCUCCUGGUGAUUUAUUUUUUAAUUUUAUGAUCACUCCAGGUCUUUUCAAAGAGAAGCCAUCAUCAUUGGCACUUGUUUCCUUGGAAUCUGCUGAAAGGCCAAACUACUUCCUCUUUGCCCAUGACGAUGACUCUCUUAGUUUGAAACAAUGGCAGGCGAAUUCAGCCUUUCAUCAGAAAGCCACAUUUUUCCACCAUCAGAGCCUCUGGAUUUCUGGUUACAGUGCUUUUGAGUUAUACAGCAAGAAAGGCUUUUUCAUCACACUCACAAAUUUGUUUGUCAAAGUAUCAAAAUAUGAUGAUUCGGAAGAAUUUAAACAGUCAAGUAGCUUCAGCAUAGAAGAAAUCCAGGUAGCGAUACCUUACAGGAGGAUGUGUGAAUGGAAAUACGAACCUUGUGCCACUCCCUGUUUUAGAACCUGUAGUGACCCUGAAGCACUAGCAUGUACAUUUCUUCCACCGGUUGAAGGAUGCUUGCCCUACUGCCCUAAGCAUAUGGUCCUUGAUGAGAUCACCCUCAGAUGUGUUUAUCCAGGAGACUGCAUACCUCUGAUUCCCAUAGAACCUGAAGGUCCAGAAAUUAUUACUCCAACAGCGGUAACACCCACGCCAGGUUUGCUAUGUGAGCCUCAACAAUUUGAUCCUGUUUAUAAUUGUAGCCAAUAUAUAUGCAUUGAUACGGAAUGGAAGUUGUACAACUGGUCUCUUAAUUGCCCAAAGGGCUUGGAAAUGCCUGACUGUGGUUUCCGGGGAAGACCUGUUCAAGUGAACACUGAUAUCUGCUGCCCUGAGUGGGAAUGUCCUUGUCGGUGUUCCAUGUUGUCAGAACUGAGCAUUAUUACAUUUGAUGGCAACAAUGCAGCAUUAUAUAGUAUGGCUUCUUAUAUCUUAGUAAGAAUUCCUGGGGAAAUUGUAGUUGCUCAUAUUGAAAAAUGUUCCAUGAAUCAGGAUGAAAACUCAAUUAAAAAGCUAACUUUCUCUGAAAGAAGCUCUGGGCUUUGUUUUAAGAAGUUAAAUUUGACAACACCUAUACAUAAAAUACUUGUUGAUCGGGCAGCAAGAAAGGUCGACGUGGAUUCUAUUGUUGUGCCUUUGCCCUUUUCCAAUCAAGACCUGCUUAUAGAGGAUUCUGGUACUAUGUACGUGAUUACGACUCCAGCUGGACUAAUCAUAAAGUGGGCUCAUCUUACAGGAAUCUUAGACAUUCAUUUUGGCCCUCAAUUUAACUUGUCUUCCUACACAGAAGGACUUUGUGGGAUUUGCAAUGACGAUCCAGAUGAUGAUCUAAGGAUGCAAAAUGGCACAAUUAUUACGAAUAUGGAAGACAUUGAAUUAUUUAUUGAGAGCUGGGAAAUUGACAAAGCAGUUAAAGUAACAACAAGAAGACCUUUUAGAAAUUGUACUGAGUAUGACUGCAGUCACUGCAUUGAGUUAUUAAAUAGAAGAAUUUUCAUUCCAUGCCACGAUAGAGUUUCACCACAGAACUUUUGUGAAAAGAUGUGGAUUAAUUUUACCAAUUUUGGGAACUCUGAAUGUGACGCACUUUCUGCAUAUGUGGCUCUGUGCAACAAGUUUGACAUCUGUAUUCAGUGGAGGACACCUGAUUACUGCG